AUGCGAGAUUCCAAGCACAAUGGAGAUAAUGGGGAUAUAUAUGAGUGGAAACACGGAGAUGGGGCAGAUGGAGCCGCAGGCGGCCCCGUUUUUGGAAGCGGAAAUGUCAACUCGUCAACGUUUGAUUCCAUGCUGGAGGCCCUCCCAGAUGACAUAAACUUUGCAAACUUUGCCAAGUCGAGCUCAGAUGUUAAUGGGUUUUUCGAUUUGGAGUCACCAACUGUCGAGGAACCGAGUAAUGAGCAUGACGAUGGUCAUAUGCUAGAUACCAACCAAUUGACAACGGAACCUUCACACGAGGCUUAUCCGACUAUAUUUGAUGAAAUGAUGACUGCAUUAGAUCCCAGUGAUGUUACUGCUCCAUCAAGGAAGAGUGGGGCCACUGCGUCCGUACCAAUUGAUAUUGCUGAGAGUGCACCGAAUAAUAAUAUGCAAAACGGGGAGAUUGCGCAACUUUGGGAUUUUACUGUGGAUACUUUGCAGAUGACGCCAAGCAACUCGAGCGACUCAGCAACGAUAAGUGCUCCUAAUAGUUACAACUCGGAAAGCGGCGCCUUCCAGAACGGUCAUGGGAUGACGCCCAUUGUGCAUCACGAGGGGAACAAACUAAACACAGCAUCGAAGACCUCGUUGUUUUCCAAUUCUUACAACAAUACAACUAAUAUUCAGAACUUUCCCACCUCCCCAUCUGCAUUGCAUCAUCACUCCCAAAACAAUAGCAGCGGUAAUAAUAAGGGAGGACGCAACUCACUACGGACAUCCAGAAAAGCGUCGCUUUCCAAUGUCAAUGAAAUGAUGGCGGGCGCAUCCGUGUUCAAAACAGUAAACUCAAACAGCUCUAUAUCAAUACCGUUGACGGUAUCAAAUACAAGUAAUUCCAUACGGAAAAACCAAUCUUUCCCAAGACAAUUGUCCUCGUGCUCCCUUGCAAACCUGAACAAAAGGACUACAGAUCUAUCCACGGGCGCGUCCAGCUCCAUCAUGCAUAAGAAACCGACAAUCCAGUGUUUCAAUUGUAAAACUUUCAAGACACCCCUCUGGAGAAGAGACACAGAUGGCAACACACUCUGCAAUGCUUGUGGGCUUUUCCAAAAACUGCAUGGGACCAUGAGACCGCUAUCUUUGAAGUCCGAUGUCAUAAAGAAGAGGAACACUAAAAAGAGAACCAAAAAGACUCAGGAUUCCAAUAACUUGGAUAAUCCUAAUUGUAAUAUACCGAAAAAUAUAGUGCCGAAAUCUAUUUCAAAACCCACGGCAACAACAGCCACCACAGUCAUGACCACCAACACAAAGAAAAAGACGAGCUCAACUGUAACCACUACGACAACAGCGACCAGUGCUGGGUCGAUAUUUAACAACAACUCACAUACGGGUGGUUACACUAAUUCAUUGUCGACCUCUAACUUGUCGAAGCUGAACGGCGGUUUUAUGACCCAUGGUAGAAGGAAUAGUAAUUCGUCAAGCGUGUCAAGCAAGUCGUCUUCUUCGAGGUCGGUGGUUCCAAUUUUGCCCAAACCGGUCGCCUUCUCUGGACAACCCGGUUACACAAGUGCAAAUAACAGUGCGGCGUCGUCACCAAGAUACAUAUCGACGCAACAUACCUCGAACUCGCCCCUACAGCAAGGUCUUUUUUCGUCAUCUGCAUCUGGCAGAACUGGCGGGAUCAGUAUCGGCCGAAGGAAGCUUUCGCGGAAUGCCUCCAACUCUUCGUCAUUUGUUGCCAACUCAUUGCAGAACCUACAUCAACAACACCGAAACCAAUCAUAUAGUGUUGAUACACCGAAUGGUUGGAACUCCCCACAUACAGGGAAGUUCCAGCCUGUUCACCAGAACUCAUCACCAUCGACCACGUCGAAUGGAAAUUUCGACUUGUUCAAUGCAGAUGGUCAUGCUGCCACACAGAAGAGCAUACCUUCCGAUAAAAGGAACACGCAUACAUCGCUUUUGUCUCAGCAACUACAAGAGAGCAAUCCUUUGGAGUAUACAGGCGGGAAGCCAAGCGCAAACACAGCAUUACAGAUUUCAGACAGUCAGUUGCCGCGACAGAACUCACCGUCUGUGGGCAGAACAGUACCGAAUACAAAUAUCUACACAGAAUCGGUUCAGUUCCAAAGACACGGUUCCUUUCAGCAACAACCUCUUUCGAUCCAGCAGACGCAAACGCAACAACAACAACAACAACAACAACAACACCAACAUCAGCAGAAUAAGCAUAAUACCUUGAGUAAAAUAUCCGAUGACCUUGACUGGUUGAAAUUUGGUAUUUAA